CUACGACAGUGAUAACAAAGGGCAACUACGCCAGUGAUAACAAAGUGAUUACUUCCAAGUCGCACUCCUGACGUUAAUGUUUUAAUGUCACAGAAAGGACCCAAACACUAAAAAUUAGAAUAGACUGGUCUGCAUUUCAUCCAUGUGCAGCAAGCAUAUCUUCAUAAAAGCCAAUGUCCUGUGAGGUCACCUGCUAUUAGUUCCAUAACAAGAGUUAUGCAGAAGAAUGGUUAAUUUAUUACUUUCUGAUAAUAUAAAGAGGGGUAACAGAUGGUUAAGGAAAUGGAAGUGUGCAGUGCAAAAUGGGAAGUGACAAAAAGUUUAGCAUUGAUGGAGUGUUUAUCUGUUUCUGAUUCUCCCUCACUUUCAUCUCUCCCUGUAAAUAAGGCUUUAGAGAAUGGUUCUCUCCCAGAAAGCAAUACAGAAAACAGUAAUAUCAAAAGAGAAACUGAAUCAGACACUGCUCAUAAUAAAAGCAUAGCCCAGCAGAUGGCUGGGAAUCUAAAAAAAACAUUGAAAAAUUCAGUUAUAGCUAAGAAAAAGAAUAACACUACUUGUGAAGUUUGUGGUCGACACUUCAGGGAUAAUCAUAACUUGAAUCGGCACUUUGAAACAAAGCAUAGUAAAUUCUUCACUUGCAAUGUUUGCUUUGCAGUUUAUAAUACUGAGAGAAAAUUAGAGCGGCAUUUAAAAAAACACACUUCUUCAAAUGUCUGCGGCAGUGGUAUAACUUGUUCUGAGUGUUCUAGAGUCUUUAGAGACAAGCAUAACUUGAGACUACACAACUGUUCAAAAAAUUACAAAAAGUCUGCAUGCCUAUACCCUGAGUGUGAUCAGCAGUUUUAUCAUGUUACAAGAAUGCUGAAGCAUGUUGAGGAAGAGCAUGAUAGUAAAAUUGAUUCCAUCUGCUUAACCUUUGAAUCAGAAGAUUUGUUCCAGCGCUGGAAAGAGGAAGAAGAACUGAAAACCUUUGCUUACUUUAGUAAGAGAUCGGGAACAGUUGACUCAGAUUAUGGUAGCUACAGAUGUUAUGUAUGUCAGGCAAAUGGUGAGUGCAUAAAUGGACCCCGAAAGACAGCAAAACGAUGGAAAAAGGGUCAUGUUCGAAUGGGUAAAUUAUGUCCUAGUAGAAUGUUGGUGAAGGAGGCAAAUGGGAGAAUAACUGUCAAUUAUAUUUCUUAUCAUUCACAUUCAAGAAGUGUAAAAAAUGAUAAGCUUCCAGUACCAAAUUCAGUCAAAACAUAUGCAAAAAAUCUUUUGUUAAUGGGAGCAUCACCACAACAGGUACGCAAGAGUGUUUGUGAGGGACUGUAUGGAGGUAACAGUAUAAUUCCACAGGGAGGUUAUAUCAUAAGUAACCGGUACUUUUUUGAUUUAAAGAAGAGACUUGAUUUCCAGUCUGUUUCAUCAGUAGAUGGCAAUAAGGAAAAGUAUGAUCCAGUUUUCGUGUUUAAGCCACAAGGACAAGCUGUCUUUGUUGGAAAUGAAGAGUUGAAUAAACUGCCUCAUUCUGGUGAACUAUUUGCCAUUGGAUUACAGACUAAAGAGCAAAGCAUCAUGAUGAAACAGAGAGCUCACAAGAUUGUUUGUGUAACUUCAUCUCAAACUUAUGAUCUCUUUGGUUUUGAAAUUUUGAUGUUCAUUGUUCCUGAUGUCUUUGGAAAUGGUUAUCCAGUAGCGUAUUUCUUAACAAGCCAUUUUGAUGAGGUUACGUUGCAGCUCCUUUUCAUAUCCUUAAAAACUAGAUGUCCCAAUGUCAAAGUUAGGUCUGUUAUGACAGAUGAUAAUACAAAGAUUUUUUUCAAUGCCAUGAACGUUGCCUUUGGGAAUAUCAAGCAUUACCUUUGUCACUCAUAUGUAGAAAAAUGUUGGAAGGAUGAGAUCUCCAAGAGAUGUAAAAUAUAUGAUAUCGGUUUCAAUGAAACCCUCUGUGCCCUCCUUCAUGAAGAGAAUAAAGCAAUUUUUAAAAUGAUGAGUAAUGAUUUUGUUGAAAAAUAUAGUCUUCAUCACUCAGAGUUUGUAAAGUACUUUGCAUCUAAUUUCCUUAUCCGUCCAGAAGUUUGGGCAAUGUGCUACAGGCACAAUUCAGAAAAUGUUCCUAAUCCAAUUCCAUAUACAAAUGUUUCUUUGCAUUGUGAAUAUGUUCAUAAUAAAUUAAAGAUGCUUAUUACUAAAGGGGGUACAGGCACUUCUCAAAGUGUUGUCGAAGUAGCUUUUUUGAUACUUGGCAUUCAAGAGGACUACUGCCUCCAUUACAAAAAGAAUUUGCAAACGGGUAAAAGAGUCUGCUCUGCCACAAAGGGAAAACACUGUAGUGGUUUGUCAAUUUUAGAUAGCAAUGUUUCUCAUUUCUCUGAGACGUGGUCAGUGAAAUCUCCUUACGAUAAUUUAGUUGUAUACACAGUGACUGAGUUAGCUUAUUCUUGCAUGAAGCAGAAGUGCUAUGAGCGGUGUUUGGAGACAUCUUGUGAAAACCUAUGUACAUUUAUAUGCGUGUUCAUGGCGAUGACAGAGCUUACUUGUUUGUCAACAUAUACAUAA